AUCUGAGAUCGUAGCAUCUGCUUUCACAACCAAAAGGCUCUUGCAAACACUGAUAUGGCUACCGCCAGUUGCCUACAAUCUGAAGAUCAGUUUCUGUGUCCCAUCUGUCUGGAUUUGUUAAUUGAUCCAGUCACCACACCAUGUGGACACAACUUCUGCAAGAACUGCAUCACCAAACACUGGUAUAUAAGUGCCAAGUGCAAGUGUCCCAUGUGUAACAAGAUGUUUGACAAAAAACCUGAAAUGCGAAUCAACACUUUCAUCUCUGGGAUGGUCGCUCAGUUCAGACAGUCAGCUAAACAGAAAGCCAGCAGCAGCAGCGCAGCAUCAGAGCAACAAGUCUUCAAACCAGGAGAAGUUCCCUGUGACGUCUGCACUGAAACCAAACUGAAGGCCCUGAAGUCCUGCCUGGUGUGUCUGACCUCCUACUGUGAGACUCACCUGGAGCCUCAUCUGAAAAUGUCAGGUCUGAAAAGACAUCAGCUGAUCGGCCCUGUGGAGAACCUGGAAGACAGGAUGUGUCCGAAGCACGAUAAACCUCUGGAGCUGUUCUGUAAGACCGACCAGACAUGUGUCUGUAUGCUCUGCCAUGUUUCAGACCACAAGAUGCAUGAUGUGGUUCCUCUGAAAGAAGGAUAUGAAGGGGAGAAGGCAGCGCUGGGGAAGACAGAGGCUGAAAUUUGGCAGAUGAUCGAAGAGAAACAACAAAGGAUUCGGAAGGUCCAACGAAAUGUUAACUACAGCGAGAAACAUGCUGAGGAGGAGAUAGAGUUAGGUGUUCAAGUCUUUACAACUCUUAUGCAGUAUUUUAACAGAAACAUGGCCAGCCUCAUUAACACAAUUGAAGAAAAGCAGAAGACAAUACAGAAACAGGCUGAGGAUUUCAUCAAAGAGCUGGAACAGGAAAUCUCUGAGCUGAAGAAGAGAAGCUCUGAGGUGAAGCAGGUCAUACACUCUGAAGACCACCUGCAUUUUCUUCAAAACGUUCCAUCCCUGAAAGUUGCUCCACCCACCAAGGACUGGGCAGAGUUCAGCAUCCCUCCAUCAUCAUAUGAAGGGACUGUGGUGAGAGCUGUUGUUCAGCUGGAGGAGACACUCAGUAAAGCGAUGAAGGAGCGGAUUGAAGCUGAUCUGAAGGCGUUCCAGAGGUACGCAGUGGAUGUGACUCUUGAUCCUGAUACAGCACAUCCUAAACUCAUCCUGUCUGAUGAUGGAAAACAAGUGAGUCAUGGUGAUGUAAAGAAGAAUCUCCCAGACAACCCAGAGAGAUUUUCUCAUUCUAUAUAUGUUGUAGGAAAGCAAAGUUUCUCUUCAGGCAGAUUUUACGUUGAGGUUCAAGUUAAAGAAAAGACCAGAUGGACUUUAGGAGUGGCCAGAGAGUCGAUCAACAGGAAAGAGAACAUCCCACUGAGCCCUGAGGAGGGUUACUGGACUAUAAGUUUGAGAAAUGGAAAUGAGUACAGCGCUCUUAUUGUACCCCCAGUCAGUCUCUCUCUGAAGUCUCGGCCUCAGAAGGUGGGGGUGUUUGUGAGUUAUUCAGAGGGUCUGGUCUCCUUUUAUGAUGUAGAAGCUCCAGCUUUGAUCUACUCCUUCACUGGCUGCUCUUUCACUGAGGAACUCUUCCUGUACUUUGGUCCUUGUCCUAAUGAUGGUGGUAAAAACUCUGCACCUCUGAUCAUCUCUACGGUCAUGUCCGGCAGUGGCGCAGUCCGUAGGGGCUCAGUCCGUAGGGGCUCACUCCGUAGGGGCUCAGUCCGUAUAGGGGCUCAGUCCGUAGGGGCUCAGUCCGUAUAGGGGCUCAGUCAGUAGGGGCUCAGUCCGUAGGGGCUCAGUCCGUAGGGGCUCAGUCCGUAUAGGGGCUCAGUCAGUAGG